AUGCCUUUCUGUUGCAUCUGUUUGACGACAAAUGUGCGAAUGCACGAUUUAAAUAAGUCAUAUCUAUUUGAGUUAUAUGAAAAAUUAGUUAGUUAUAAUGUAGCUUCUGCUCCUUUGUACUGUUGCUAUAUUUGCAAUUCGCUUCUAAAAAAGUGCUACCACUUUAUGAUGCAAGCCAUCAAAGCCAAUAAUGCUUUAUCCAUCUUUGAAAGUAGUGAUAUGCUGAUUAGAGAAUGCAAUGGUAACAUUUUCAAAUUAGUUAUAUCCAAGUUAGAUGAUGUUGUGAUUGAUGGGAUUAAAGACAUUUUGAUUGAAGAUGGCAAUGAUAAUAAUCAAAAGGAAAUUAAACUAGAAGAUGCUGAAGUGGAGGGUGACCAUGAUUUGGCUCAAGAUAACUUAGAUGAUGUACUCAUUAAAUCCGACUCAGAAGAUGACGUUCCGUUAAGUGAAUUGCAGGCAGACAUUGAUAUAGUGAAGAAUGAAAAGGACUAUAAGGUAUACAAAAAGGUAAACGCCCGGGAAAUAAUACUAACAAAAGAGGAGCAAUUGAACGAGAUGCAGGAACGCGCAAAAUCCAUCAACUACCUAAACUCUCCGUACAAAUGCAGUCUGUGCUACCGCGGGUUCAUCGACCCGCUCGCAUUCGGAAAGCACAGAGAAAAGCACGACGAGAGCAGCGGACCGCACAAAUGUGACAUGUGUCACCUUCGUUACGCGAGCAAACGUCAAAUGAACACACACUGUAAGGCUGCGCAUGCGCGGAGGUUCGAGUGUCACACGUGCAAGCAGAUUACCCACACUAGGAACCAAGCUAAACAACACGAAGAAUGGCACAAGGGCAGAACUUAUACCUGCAACUUAUGUGGGAAAAGCUUCAGAAAGCCGUCCUCCUACUUCACGCACUUGCGGAAAUCGCACGUGAACAAGCACUCCUGCUCAUCGUGCGGUGAAAGUUUCGUCAGCGAGCACGGUCUGCGCAUGCACACGACCAAGACUCAUAGAGUCCUCACGGGUGACGAAAAAGAUGAACCGAUCUCGGAUAGCUUCUGCAAAGAGUGUGAUAUGCAAUUUAAAACGUUGGAUGCUUGGAAGCGGCACGUGUUGACGACUCAUUAUCAUUUCGAUUCGAAAAGUUCAACAUGUCCGGUGUGCAAUGAAGAUGUAUCCCUCGAAGCGAGACAGGCUCAUAUUCGAUCUCACACAAACAUACAACAGAAAAAUCACGACUACGAGAAGACACCGGCUCUGACAUCCCUCAAUUGCGCGCAUUGCAAUGCGUCAUUCUUCAGUGUGCACAAACUGAGUGCGCAUAUGCGGAGGGUCCACCUCGGCAUGAAGUACGAUAAGAAUAUCGUCUGCGAAGUCUGUGGGAAGCAUUGUACGUCACUGGCCACACUGAAGUACCAUCAGCGACGUCAUAACGGCGAACGACCAUUUCCUUGUAACACUUGCGGUGCCAGAUUCACGUCCAAAGAGAAUCUAAGGAUACACAGUCGCACCCAUUCGGGCGAGCGCCCGUACACUUGUCCGAUUUGUGGGAAAAAAUUCACACAGAAACCGGCUCUCAACAGACAUUACAGGGUAAAUUGA